GCCUCCCCAGCUGACCUUAGCCUUGUUGCUCAGAGGGCCCUGGCUGCCUCCUCCCAUCAGCAGCUGGGAAGAGCAGCCACACAGCUGCACCUUCCUGCACAGAAGUGUGGAUCAGGCUGGAAAAGGCUGUUUGAGCCCUUAUCAGCCUCCUUGGUGAAACCAGAGCUCUGCUGUGUGCAGGUGACGCAGCUUGUGCAGCUCUUUAUUGAACACCAGGAAGAACUCCUUGGGGAGGAGGUGGUUGGGCCGGCUAGUGAGGGGGAUGAGGAGCCACCAGCACCUCAGACGGCACCAGAAACAGCAGAGGUAUCUUAAUGUGGGAGAUGUCACUUUGGGAAAGCACCCCUACAAGGUUUAUGAUAACAUGAAGGUGAUUGAGAAAGUUUUUCAGGGAUACAGACUUUAUAGACCGCAACUGGUUCCAGACAUCAUCUACCAGAUAAUGUACAACUGCUGGCAUGAGCUACCAGAAAAGCACCUUGCCUUUUAUCAGCUCUUGUCUUUUUUUGAGGCACUAAGAGAAGACAACAGAUCUUGAAAAAGAAGACUCUGCAUACUGGUUCCAUAUCACCUGUCUUCUAUAUGAGAGCUAAGUCUGAAAUCUGCCUGACAUUAGCUAUCCCUAUUAUUCUGUAUGUUAGCGUUCUUCUCAUUUAAUCAGCAUUCUGGGGAAAGAAGCAUAUGGAGAAAGCUUUUGUAACACUCUGUAGGUGACAGAAUUUGCAAGGAUACUGAGGUAGAAUAUAAUUCAUUUUGUUAACAUUGUCUCAAAAGACUUUUCAGACACUGAGAUAUAUAUUCCAUUUGUGUACACUCCUUCAGUGCAUCAAGCAGUUAUUAUUUGGCCUUAACUGCAAAUGUAAACAAGGAAAUAUAUGCUUGUUAGGUUUUUUUCUUAUCAUAACUCACCUGAAUGUGUUUUUUCUCUGUAAUCACCUGAAACUGAUGCCUGAAGUAGGUCAAAUUUAGAACUGCUGCGAGUGACAGAAACACAGGUUAUAGUCUUGCUUUCAAUUACUAAGAAAUUACUACUGGUAAAAUAUUAUAUGUUUGCUUACAAGCACUAUUGACUUAAGUUUCAGUCCUCAAGGUGUACAUUUGAUUUCAAAUUAUUCUAAGCUACAUAUCUAAGAUAUCUGCAUCUUAGCAGAUGAGGUAUUUACUAGAGCGUUAUUGCUUCCUGCUGCAGGUAAAAAUAGAGAAAAAAAAAGUUUUAUGCAGAAUUCCUUAGUCAUUGCAAUAGCAAAUGGUAAAUUUGCUGAUCUCUAUAAAACCUGAAGAAAAUUAAAAAUGCUAUCAAUAUAAUUACUUUGCCAAAUACUUUACUACUGAGGAGGUGAAAUUUGGCUCCUGACUUUAACACUUAAAUAAGAGCACCCAACUUUCAAAUGUGCUCAGCACUGCACAAAUUAGUGCUAACUUCAGUAAGUCUAGAGUUACCAAAUACAUCUGCAGCUAAAAAACUGAGGCAUCUAAACUUAGACACUGGCGUUUACAAAAUGCUGAUCUAGUACGUAUAAAAUAAGGGGGGUUUAAAAUAAAGUCU